GCUUCAACACGGGGGACUGUUGACGUUCCGGUACCGUCAUAGUCCGUUAAUGACCGGGAACGUGAAUAACUUUCCAUAUUUUGUGUCGGGCGACGCGGUGCUGUGGCAUCUGAGGGCCCGCUGUGGUGCAAACAAGUCGGGGAGGUGGGGGAGAGGAGACUGGGAGACUGCAGAUUCACCGAAGCCAGCGACACUGCUUCUUCAGUAAAGCCCUCCCGAUUGGACGAGAGUCUCAGUAUGGAUGCACUGCAUCUUGGAGUUUCCCACAAUCCUUAGCUCUCUGCCGUGUUCAGAUCUGCAGCUGAGUCUACUGAACCCUGAACCGUGAGCAGCGCCAGUCUGUGACUGAACUCCUGUCAGCUGAUCUGUCUCGUGCCAGGAUGAUGUCAGUGGAUGUGACCAAUCGUAACGGCCCCGCCGCCACGCCUCCCACCUCACUCAGCCUUCGCUCCUCGCACAACCAGCUACUUAGCAGCGACGUCAUCAAACAGGGCUCUGCCACGCCUCCCAAGUGUCGCAAAAAGUAUGCACUCACGAGUAUUCAGUCUGCCAUGGGCCUCGGAGAAGCAGUACCACCGUCACCAUCACCGCCAACCUCCCCGUCACAGUCUUCAACCCCCAACAAUCCAAAACUAGCCAAGAACGGGGUCAAUCAGCUGCGUAAAGCUGGCCAGGACCAUAACAAAAACACAACUUGCUCUGACUUGAUAGGUCUGGAGUGUAAUUCAGAGACUUUAGCAGAUGACCUCAAUGUCAACACAGCAGAUGAGCACGACAGCCACACUCUCUCCAAUAAUGACCGAGAGGAUGAUGUCAUUAAGUUAGAUGUUGAACUGCACCCAGACGCCGGCACUGAUGCUGAGCCCGACCAGAAAACCGAAUCCGAUGUAGACUGUAACAUAAACUCAUCUGUGGAGCUCCAGCUGAAUGGCAACACAACAGAUUUGGGCUUUGACUUGAACAUUGAGGCAGAGGAGAGUGAUGACAUCAGCAUUUUGUCUGAAAAGGAAAUGAUCUCAAAGAUGAAGAUUGAGGAAGAUGGAGAUGCAAUCAUCCAGGACCAGGAAGAUGAGGAGAAUAAGCCGUUGUUGAUAAAAAGUGAUUCUUCAGUGAAUAACAAAGUUUCCGCUGGCCUGGAACUCAUCACUGACCUCCACUCCAACAUCAAGCUCCUCAAAUCGGGCAAGGAGUCUCCCGUGCCGCCUCCUCCCUCCCCACCACGCCACGCCAGCCCAGAGGACAUGCCCUUACUCUCUGUGGCCUCUUGCUCCUCCUCUUCCUCCUCCUCUCCAGAGACAAAGAAGGACAGAAGGACUGGCGCAAAGACAGACUGUGCUUUGAACCGCAUCCAGAACCUGAAUCCCAGUGACGAAGAGUUGAGUUGGACCACUCUGUCCCAGGAGAGCAAUUCUCCAGAGGAGACAGAUAUCUGGAGUGAGCAGUCAUUCCAGACAGACCCGGACCUACCUCCAGGAUGGAAGAAGAUCACAGACAUGGCUGGUAUCUACUACUGGCACAUUCCGACAGGUACCACCCAGUGGGAGAGACCCGCUACCCGCCAAGCUCCUCCGGGUCAGAUGGAGCCCCAGACCCUAGACGACCACACAACCGUCACACCACGUAAACACUCUGUGGGCUCAAUCAGCCCCUCACCCACUCCUGACCUUGAGUCUUGCCAGGCAGAGAUUUUCUACAGGGCCUCAACACGUUCGGGCAGCACCACCUCCGACAGUUCGGUGGAGCCUCUCUCCUCUCAUGAGCCCACCCUUCCUACAUGUGGAUUUGUCAACAGCUGCUACUUUCCUCGUUCCACUUCCCUGCAGGGAGUAUCUGACCAAGAGUGUCGCUCUCAGCUUCAUGAAGACGAGGACAAGAAACAGGUGUGGAGUGAUUUUGGCGGAAAGAUUGAUAGUGAGGUGUGGAAGGAUCUACAGGCAGCCACAGUGAACCCUGACCCCAGUCUCAAAGAGUUUGAGGGUGCUACACUUCGUUACGCGUCACUCAAGCUAAGGAACCGUCCAGCCGUAGAAGAGGAGGAGUCGAACGGUGCCAACAGUGACCCAGAAACAAAGUGUUUUGCAGUGCGGUCUCUGGGAUGGGUGGAGAUGGCUGAGGAUGACUUGGCUCCGGGAAAGAGCAGCGUUGCUGUCAACAACUGCAUCAGACAACUGUCCUACUGCAAGAAUGACAUCCGAGACACUGUCGGCAUCUGGGGAGAGGGAAAGGACAUGUAUCUGGUGCUGGAAAAUAACAUGUUGAACCUAGUUGACCCCAUGGACCGCAGUGUGCUUCAUUCUCAGCCAAUUGCAAGUAUUCGGGUCUGGGGCGUUGGCCGGGACAAUGGCAGGGACUUUGCAUAUGUGGCGAGGGAUAAAAACACCAGGAUCCUGAAAUGUCAUGUGUUCCGCUGUGACACGCCAGCCAAAGCCAUCGCCACCAGCCUGCAUGAGAUCUGCUCCCGGAUUAUGACAGAGAGAAAGAAUGCCAAAGCGAUGGCAGGAGGCUCUCUUCAGGACAGGAUGCAGGCAGGUCUAGAUCUCCCCUUACAAGCAGAGUUUCCCACACCAAAGACGGAGCUGGUUCAGAAGUUUCAGGUGCUCUACCUCGGGAUGCUGCCUGUGGUCAGACCAAUAGGCAUGGACAUACUGAAUGGAGCCAUAGACAGUCUGGUUAGUUCUUCCAACAGAGAGGACUGGACUCCAGUAGCUCUCAACGUGGCAGAUGCUACAGUCACCAUCAGCAAAGACAAGGAUGAAGAAGAAGUGUUGGUGGAGUGUCGCGUACGCUUCCUGUCUUUCAUGGGCGUCGGUCAUGACAUGCACACGUUUGCCUUCAUCAUGGAUGCUGGCGGCCAUCGCUUUGACUGUCACGUCUUCUGGUGUGAUCCCAAUGCUGGGAGCGUGUCCGAGGCUGUUCAGGCAGCUUGUAUGCUGCGGUAUCAGAAGUGCUUGGUCGCUCGUCCUCCCUCCCAGAAAGCCUGCAGCUCAACACCUCCCGGUGACUCUGUGUCCCGUCGGGUCUCGACCAGCGUGAAGAGAGGUGUCCUGUCCCUCAUCGACACGCUCAAACAGAAGAGACCUGUCACUGAGUUGCCACAGUAACUGCCACAAACACCAAUCACCAAUGUUAUGAGCCACAUUGCUGCCAAACCUGUCGCCAACCACAGACCCGAACAACUACUCAAACACAGCAAAGCCCCACAGUUUUGGGAAACCGUGUCACAAUCCCCGUCACUUUUCUGGAGCAAAUAGGAAUUUCCCCUCCAGAGUUUUUAUCGGCUCUCGAGCAGAAAUUGGACGUUUGUUUCCUCAAAAAAAAACUAAGACCAAUAAAGACUGCAAGCCCUGAUCAAGAAGGAACACACAACCUUAAGAAACCACCGAGUGAUGGUCAUGAAGGAGUUGAUGUACAUAGAAGUAAACGCUCAUCACGCUCAGCACAGAUGAGGAGAAGAGAACAAAUAUUGUAGAAGUAGGAAGUGCUCCUUCAAAGACUGCAAGCUCAUUGCUGCCCAAACUGCUGAUCUCUCCACGCUCUUACUGUAUUUGUGUCUGUGCCUGUGCUGCCAGCAUGACCUUGCACACCCGGCCACACCCCACUGUCAUUCACCCGUUUGUCCAGUUAACCCGAGUUCACACAACACGAUUCUCUGCUUCACAAGACUCCGCCAACCGACCCGAAUCGCCUAAUGUUCAGCAGUCGCUAAGAGGGAACUCUUCAAAUCCUCAGCGUGCGAAAACCUGCAAACCAGACCUAGAUCUCAUUUCCAGCAUGCUGAAAAUUUGAUCCACGUCCGGCCGGCCCAGUCAGCCAGAGACCAGGACGGGGUGAGAGCGGCUGAAACCCAAACAGGAAAACAACGGCAGUUCAGAGGAUGAGGGGGAAAAAGAGAAAUACAACAUCCCAAAAACAGAGAUCAGAGAUCACAGACAAUACUGUUACAAAAGGGGUUCAGUGGUCGACCUGUACACAUGAAGCAGAGCUAAAUUAAACCUGGUUUCCCUGUGCCAAUGUUCACAUAUCCCUUUGUGACCACUGUGAGGAGAUCAUGUCAUGUGUCGCUGGCUCCUCCUGGUGAAAUAUUGUGAGACGUGUAGUGACAACAACCACUGAAAAAAAAAAAACAACUCCCGAUCGUUAGAUCAUGGUGUGUGGGCCGCACACAGCAACCCUCGGACUCUAAAUGUCGUGUCGUGUCUUGUGGACUUGGUUUUAAAGAUUCUGGCCUCACGCUCAUCUGUUCAACUGAUCGUGCAUGAACUUUUUAAAUAGAAAAGUGGAUCCUUCUAUAGACAAUAUCAAUAACACAAAUGCUGCUUCCAGAAAAAAACCCCACAUCUGUUGUCUUCAACUGUGCAAGCUUCAGCCUGGUGGCUCCAAACGAGUGGUGGCUUUUCACCCGAGGACACCUUACGUUUAUUUUUCUGUUUGUCCCUCAGAAAGUGACAGACAUUAGCCAUAAUGAAGGAAGAGACGCAGGGAUGAACUUUGUUAUUUAGCCCGCUCUCCUCUGCUUCCCCACUUUGUCUUGAACGGUGACUGCUGCUCCAAACACCGUAGACGUCAGCAUGUUGUUGCUGCCGCCGCCGCCGCUGCUCUUUGAUACACAUGCUGGAGGAAAUUUGACUUUAAAUCCCACCUCAGUAUCUGUCCUCACAGACUCAAUGUUCACUAAUAAAAUGGGAUUGG